AUGGACGAGUCCACGGAGUCACAGCGCAAACGGCCAUACAGGUCUCAGCGAAUCAAUUACUGUGCGCUCAAUGAUGGCAUCGACGAGGAGGCUCCACCAGAAGACCGCAUUAUUGAGAUCCCUCCUUCGAAAAGGGCACGCAGUAGCGUUGAACCGAUUACUCCUGAUGACUCUGCAAGCCAAUUAAGCCGGGCUCGAAGUCCACUCGUGGCGAUCUGCUCCCAAAAUGAACUGACUGCGGAGGCGUUGCCUGACGUGGUCAGUAUCUCCAAUGAAUCUGGCCUUUCUCGAAGAAAGAUGCAGAAUCAAGCUCUCUGGGCACAUUUCGACUGUUCCCCGCUACCGGGAAGGAUGUGGUGGCCAAAAAGGGGAAAGGGCCCAAUCAACGACCGGGAGGUGCGCUGCAAGAGAUGCAAUUGGAAAACGACAGAUUCUACAAGGGCAACAUCAACAUCCAAUAUGAUGUUCCAUCUCUCUAAACAUGGUAUUAUCCUAAGUGGCCCUGAAAACAGUUCGGAGGACGACAGAAGCAGCAUAAAACAGCCGUCAGUUAGCAGCUUCUUCCAGAAGCGGACUGAGGAGCAGAGAGCAAAGGUCCUGGAGCAAAACCUGGUUCGGUGGGUGGUUAUAGACGACAUGGCAUUUGACGCCAUAGAAUCGCCCCCCUUCCAACAGAUCUUCCAGGACUUGGGUGUUUCACUCCCUUUCGCAUCUCGCAUGACAAUGGCUCGUCGAAUCGAUCGUGAUUUCGACAAUUGUCGGGAGCAGUUGAUUGAAGAGCUAGAGCAGACGUGCCAAACGAUCUCUCUUUCGCUAGACGCUUGGACGAGCAAGAAUUCAAAAGCCAUGUUCGGGGUUGUUGGCCACUGGUUGACAGUGGAUUUUCAGUACCGAGAGCGGGUUCUUGAAUUUACGGAACUCCACGGCAUUCAUAGCGGAGAGAACAUGGCAGAAAUUCUUCAGACGCUUCUCACAGAACUUCGAAUCGAACACAAGCUCCUCGCGAUCACAGCAGACAAUGCCACAAGCAAUGAGCGCUUGCUAUCGGAAUUAUAUCUCAAUCUCACCGAGAAAUUUCAAGCCAUGUACGGAGCCGUGAGUGCUGCAAGAGCCCUACGAUUUCAAGGAGUGGAUAGUUAUAUUCGCUGCACUGCGCAUGUGCUCAAUCUGAUUGUCAGCGAUAUACUCGUCAUGUUGCAAGCAGGGGACCACGCGUCGGCGAAUGCAGCUUGUGAUCUCAUGCAGGAAAACAAAGAGAUUGGCCCGCAAUCACCGUUGGCUCGCCUUCGGAUUAUGGCGCUUUGGAUUGCAAGAACCCCGCAGCGGAAGCAGCAGUGGAAGAUCAUCUGCCAGAGCAAUGGGCUCAAGGACAAGUUCAUCGAGUACGACGUGGAUACACGGUGGAAUUCGACACACCGAAUGCUCCGAGACGCCCUGAACGCGAAGCAGCAAAUCAAGAAAUGGAUCCACCAUCAGUUAGAUUUUCCACCCUUCAGUGCUGAGGAUUGGGAUCGUCUCCAACAAAUUGAGGGCUUCUUAGCCAGGUUUGAGGAGUUCACCCUCACUGGAGGAGAAUUCUCGGAUCUGCACCUGGAGAUUUCUGCUGCUGCUGCUGCGGGCUUGAAAAAGUUCCAAAAAUACUACAACCUGAUGGAUGGACAAGACGCCUAUUAUGUCGCCCUAGUGCUUGAUCCGCGAUUUAAAACGCUCUUGCUAGACAGAGAUCUAGGCAAGCUCACAGCACCCCAAGUUGUCACGCACAUCAAAGAACUACUGCAUGAUCAAUAUCCAUUGGCAGUCGACUCGUCGGCAAAGCCCUCUAAGGAGCAGCCGAGCCUGAAGAAGAGCAUAGAGGCCCGUUUACUUCAGAAGCUGCAACCUAAGAAGAAACAUUCAUCUGACAUUGACCGGUACUUUGAGGAUGACGUCGUCACGAUAAAUGAGUCGAUUUCACAGGACAAGAAUUGGCUUUUAUCGUGGUGGAGAGCACAGAGGAACGAAUACCCACAGCUAGCUACUGCUGCACGAGACUAUCUGGCCAUUCCUGCAUCAUCAGUGUCGGUGGAGAGACUAUUCAACAAGGGACGAGAUUUACUGGGUGUCAGGAGAAACACCUUGAGCGCGGAGACUAUGCGGCGGUUGAUGUUGUUACGAGAUAUAUAUCUCUCUGAGGAAUAUUAA